AUGGGUUCCCUUCUUCUUGAGGAAGAAUUUUGGUUUGGAAGGGCUGCUGAGAUGGAGAAUCUUCAGAUGGAUACGGAAGUGCUCUAUCCUGAGAUAACUGUGGAAGUGGGCAGAGUCACUCUCGGAGAGGAAAACAGGAAGAAGAUGACCAGUAGCUAUCUGAAAAGAACUGAGAAUUCUAAAAUCAUCCAAGCGACAUGUGCACUGUUAAAUUCUGGAGGGGGUGUGAUCAAAGCAGAGACUGAUGAUAAAAACUACAGUUACCGAUGCCACGGGCUGGGACAGGAUCUGGAAACUUCUUUUCAAAAGCUCCUUCCUUCAGGUUCACAGAAAUACCUUGACUACAUGCAGCGGGGGCACAAUCUUAUGAUUUUUGUGAAGUCAUGGAGCCCAGAUGUUUUCAGCCUCCCCCUAAGGAUUUGCAGCUUGCGCUCCAAUUUAUAUCAGAGAGCUGUAACUUCCACCAUCAACUUGAGUGCCAGCAGUGCCCUGGAGCUCCUGCGAGAGAAGCAGUCUAGAGCCCAAAGAGGAAGAUCAAAGGUGCAGGAGCUGCAUUCUCAGAAAACUCUUGACAAAUACAUUCAGGAAGAGGAGGAUAUGAGGAUGUGUGCCUCAGAAUUUGUUAAAAAGGAUAAACUCAUGUAUAAGGAGAAACUCGACUUCAGUGAGUCCACACACGUCGAGUUUAAGAGGUUCACCACCAAAAAGAUCAUCCCUCGGAUUAAAGAAACGCUGUCUCAUUAUGUUUCUGCCUUUGCCAACACCCAUGGGGGAUACCUAAUUAUCGGGGUGGAUGAUAAGAGCAAAGAAGUGUUUGGAUGUAAGAGAGAAAAAGUGAACCCUGAAGUCUUAAAAAAAGAAAUAGAAAACUGCGUAGAAAAAUUGCCCACGUUCCACUUCUGCUGUGAGAAGCCAAAAGUCAAUUUCACUACCAAAAUCUUGAAUGUGUACCAAAAAGAUGUCCUGUAUGGUUAUGUCUGUGUGGUACACGUGGAGCCCUUCUGCUGUGUAGUAUUCACAGAGGCCCCGGAUUCCUGGGUCAUCAGGGACAAUUCUGUCACAAGGCUGACGGCUGAGCAGUGGGUAGCCAUGAUGGUGGAUAUUCAAUCAGCUCCUUCCAGUUUGGCCGCAGACCACAGCCUUCACCUGAUUUCACCAGCUUCAUCUACACUAAGAAGCCCGUCAUACCCCAUCAAAGUCCUGGAAUUUAAGGGGGCUCUACAGCAACGCUUGUUUCCAGUGACACGGGAAGAGAUACAAUUUAAACCAGAAUCCCUCUGUAAGAAGCUCUUCUCAGAUCAUAAAGGACUGGAGGAAUUAAUGAAGACACAGAUAUAUCCUUAUUCUCAGGGCUUUGUGAUAUUUUCCAGAAGCUGGGCUAGUGAUGUUGGCUUAAGGAAGGAGCAGAAUGUCCUGUGUGAUGCUCUCCUAAUAGCAGUGAACAGCCCCCUGGUACUCUAUACAAUCUUAACAGACCCCACGUGGACUGGGGGGCUUAUGUACGCCUGGAACACUGCUCAUCAGUUAAAGCAGAAACUGGGAACUCUCGGUGGUUACACAGGGAAAGUGUGUGUUAUCCCGAGGCUGAUAUACAUGCCCAGCACACAGUGUAGACCUGGUGAAAUCUCUCCGCAUUAUCCCCGAUCCUACAGGCUCGCUGAUGAGGAUGAAAUGCAAGAUUUGUUGCAGGCCCUUAUCGUGGUCUCGCUCUGCUCUCCAUCUCUUCUGAGUGACCAGCUGGGCUAUGAAUUUUUCAAUUUGCUCAUAGCAGAGCAGUGCGAGUUGCUUUCAGAGAGCUUUCAGGAGACACGAGAAUUGUUCCUCCACUGCUUUCCGGGAACCAGGAAGACAGCCCUGGCCAUAAAGGUCAUGGAGAAAAUUAAGGACUUUUUCCACUGCAAGCCCAAAGAGAUCCUCUAUGUUUGUGAAAGUGACGCCUUAAAGGAUUUUGUGACCCAGCAAACCACCUGCCAAGCUAUGACCCGGAAAACCUUCAUGCAGGGGGAGUUCCCAAAGAUCAAACACAUAGUGAUGGAUGAGACUGAGAAUUUCUGCAGUAAAUAUGGUGACUGGUACAUGAAGGCCAAGAGCAUCACCCACCCAAAGGUGAGGGGUGCUGGAAGUGAAAAUCUUCACCACGGGAUUCUCUGGCUUUUUCUGGACCCUUUCCAAGUCCAUCACUCAGCUACCAAUGGCCUUCCCCCUCCAUCUGCUCAGUUUCCUCGAAAAACAAUCACCAGCGGGAUCCACUGUGCUCUGGAAAUAGCGAUGCUGAUGAAAGAAGAAAUGAAAAGGAUCAAAGAAAAUCCUCACCCCAACGUGUCUCCAGACACAUUGGCAUCGUUCAGGGAAGCUGCCUAUGAGGAAGCAAUGUGUGCCCAGGCUCUGCCUGGGGUGUGUGAGACAGAGACGAACCUGACCACAGAAGAAAUUGCGAAAUACGUGGCAGAAAGAUGUCACAACCUGUUCCAAUGUGGCUACCUGCCCAAAGAUAUAGCAAUUCUGUGCAGGAGAGGGGAGGACAGAGGACGCUAUGAGCUUGCACUGCUAAGAGCGAUGGAAUUAUUUGAGACCCACGGAGCCACAAAGGUUGUGUUCAGCCAGGCCUCUGGUGUUUUGGAUGGUCACAUCGUUUUAGACAGUAUUCAGCAGUUUUCAGGCCUGGAGAGGAAUAUUGUGUUUGGGCUUAGUCCAGAAUAUGCCCUGUCAGAGGAAGCUCAUAAGCUCUGUUUUGCCUCGAGAGCCAUCAAACACCUCUACCUGAUUUAUGAAAAGAGGGCUACCUUCUGAAAAUUAUUUCAAACAGUACAGGAAGGGAGAAGGAGCAGAGUCCCUGCUCCCAGCAGGUGGCAGCUACUCCUUUUCAUGUGUUACAAGUGGAGAAAUCGAGGCACAGUCAGCAUAGCGUGGAGCCACAGAAAUGUCUCUUGGGACUGGGCCUUCCAGUCUAUUUGCAGUGUCACUGUCCUUUUCCCAUGCCACCUCCUC